CUGUGCACCACCCGAGACCCGCCAGAACCCCAGUGGCUUGGUCCCGAUGACUAAGACGGCUUUGCGACAUCGACUUUUCUUGAUAUCAUCGAUAAGAGCCUGUCUUCAAAAAGAGACGCCGCAUCAUAUCCAAUACCAAUGCCGACGUGAUACGGACUCCCAGUGAUGCAGUCAGCCCUGUGUCUUCCGGUUCCAUCACGAAACUUCCUGCGAUUCCUUCGGUGUCAGUCCAAGAGGGCUUUCUCGAACGCAAAUCAUGGCCGAACCUCGAUGACCACACCAGUUCUAUGUUGUCGCGCACGAACAUCGGAUACUCUUACGACGCGGAAACAAUUCACAACUUUGGGAACAGCAUGCCAGAGAACAGUGACCGUACUCAAACCAACCCUCUUCCAUAGAGAUCCCACCGCACGGAAACUUCAAGAUCGUCACCAGCCCUGGACAUCCCAACGCUGCUUCAGCACCAGUCGAGGUGCGCGCAAUUUGUUCAAGGGCCAAGACCCGAACCCAGAGAACCCACCAACGUGGGAACGAUUCCUCAAAUUCGCAGGAAGGAAGGAUGACAAAGUUUUAAAGCCAGACGAUCUCCCAAACCAUGACGAAUAUUCUGACGGCUCGUCAAUCUUUAACAACCGGCGAACACUCGCGGCCAAAGCUGCAUCUGAGCCUCGACUGCGAUGCACGGAAGUCGACGAGCAUGGGAACGUAAUUCUUGUUGAUGGAGAAUUUAAAAAGACUGAGCUUAUUGCAAAGUUCGGCUUGUUGCCUCGAGAUUUGCGAAAGAUCGACUCAUCAAACUUGCCUCAUAUCCUUAUUCGCCCUUCUGCCAUUUUGCUAAACCUACUCCAUCUCAAGGUUCUGAUCAAACAUGACCGAGUGCUUCUAUUCGAUAUUUACGGCUCAAAGACAUCAUACCCCCAAUCGGCCUUCAUGUACGACUUGCAGGGCAAACUACAACAGAAGAAUACACAGGCAUCAGGUGCUCUGCCAUAUGAGUUCCGGGCAUUGGAAGCGGUGUUGACCUCAGUGACGUCUGAACUUGAAGCCGAUUUCGAGGCGGUGCGGGAGCCGGUCAUGCAUAUUCUUAGCGAGCUGGAGGAUGAUAUUGAUCGAAGCAAGCUCAGAAUGCUCCUCAUUCUAUCCAAGCGAGUGAGCACCUUUGAGCAAAAAGCAAAGUUGGUCCGGGAUGCCAUCGAAGACCUCCUCGAAGCCGACGAUGAUCUCUCCGCCAUGUACUUGACGGAGAAAACACAUGAUCUUUACAGGGGAGAAGACGACCACACGGAGGUUGAGAUGCUUUUGGAGUCUUACCACAAGCUGACUGACGAAAUCGUGCAAGAAGCCGGCAACCUUGUCUCUGGCAUCCGAAACACGGAGGAAAUCGUUCGUGCAAUUCUGGACGCCAAUCGAAACGCUCUCAUGCUGCUUGAUCUCAAAUUCAGCGUUGGAACGCUAGGCCUAGCUAUGGGAACGUUCCUUGCUGGUCUCUACGGCAUGAACUUGGAGAACUUCAUCGAGGAGACAAACUGGGGUUUCGCUGGCGUCACUGGCGUCUCAGUCGUCUUCUCGCUUAUCGUAUGCUGGUAUGGCCUAACGAAGCUGCGCCGCGUGCAGCGCAUCAAGAUGAUGGAUGACGAGCGACCGCGGAUCCCCCGCGGGCAGGCCUAUUUCCCCGAUGAUCGCUCGGCGCUGGGACUCCUCGACAACAGGAACCGCGAAAUGCUGCGGCGAAUCAACAUGCAGAAGGCCGUAUCGCAAAAGAAGAAGUGGUUUUCAUGAUUUUGCAUCCAGACAGACCUAUGUUAUUGCAAAAUUAGAUUCCUGGCUCAGUGGCACAGAUUCAGCCACGUGUAUAAACUAGAUAUUUCUGGAAACUACUAGAUACCUACUCAUCUCAAUGAGGUUGGAAUUGAAGCGAAAGAUACCCAAAUGCGGAAAGCACACACACAUCCUGACAGGCAUCACCCUCCGUGAACACACUGCAAUCUCGGACCUUGUAAAUAUGACGACCAAUGAGACCAGCGGCACAAGGCCAAGAAAGUCCAGAUUCCUCCAUUUGUCCAUCUU